AUGGAGGAGCCGGAGCCGGAGCCGGAGCCGGAGUCGGAGUCGGAGCAGGAGCAGGAGAGGAGCAGGAGCAGGAGGAAGGGACCGAGAGUGCCGAGGGCGGCGACGCUGCGAGCGGCGGGGAGAGACGGGAGGGGGCUGCGCCCGCGCCGCCCUCUGCCGAGGAGUGACAGGCACGGGCUGAGGGGCUGCUCAGGGCCGGGGGACUCGGGAGGCGGCUGCUGCUGCCGAGGCUGCCGAGGCUGCCGCGGCUGCUGUCGCCGGCUCACUCGCGCCCGCCUCCUCCAGCAGCCGCCAACGCCGCUGCUGCCGCCACCGCCGCCGCCGCCGCCGCUGCCCCAUAUCCCCCCCGCCCACCCCGAGCCUCGCUCCGUGCUGCUCGCAACCAACGGCUGCUCCGUAAGCCACUCGCGGCAGCCAAUCACCAGCGCGGCCGUGACACCUCACGCGCCGCUGAGCAGGAAGGAGACGCGUCACUCGUCUCCACUCCCACAUCCACCAGCCUCAGCAGAGGCCACGCCCCCUCUUAAAGCUCCCGCUCCGCCCAGAGAGGGGGCGGGGCGGGGGAGGGAACAAAGAGCCGAGUCGGAACCGUUCCCAGUCGCUCCGCCCAUCCCCCCCGGUCUCCUCCUAUUAUUGGUUCACGCUCAGGAAAUCCUGGAACCCUCGGACCUGCGCUCGUUUCCUCACUACAUCCUGUCCGUCCCUACACCACUUCAGAUUUCGCGCACGGCCUGCUGGGAGUUGCAGUUUUCGCCUUCCCCCUCACCCUUCACAGCCUCGCUCCAUUUCCUGGCGGCUGGAAUGCACGGUUUCGGCGUCUCACUUUAUUCCUUCAUCCCCAAACAGUGAAUUCUGAGCUCUGCCCUCUUGCGACCUCCACUUUCAUGGAUUGAACUAUAUCUACGUUGAUAUCCUCAGUUUAA